AUGUCCCCAAACGGGCCGAAGUACCUGCUACUCCUCACACUUCCCAACCCGCGCUGCCACUACCACCCAGAGAUCGACUGUUCACGCCGCUGCUCGACCCUCUCCGAAGCGAACGCCCUCUGCACCGAAACCGUCCACCAGAUCACUAGAAGUGGUAGAUUUCGUGCUAGUAGCUUGACGCACAACUCUUACGAUCUCGAUGGCUUAACCCACUGGAUCAUCUCGUGGCCAAACGGCUAUAUCCGCGUAUCCGUAGUCAAAAUGCCACAUCAUGGCCACAGUGGUGAGGUCGAAGCGCCUGUAGGAGAGCAAGGAGAAGGAUAUGUGGUGCUGACGCUUAAACAAACGAGAUAUGAUACUGGAAGAGAGAACGAGUGCCAUGUCCUCGGCUGCUAUUCGGACUACGCGAGCGCGCGGAAGGACAUGGAGUCGGAGGGCCUAGAGUACUACGAGGCGAUGAAGAACGAGGGAGAAUAUCAUUGCGCGAAUCUGGAUACGCAUGGACUUGGGCGUCGUGGAUGCGUAGUUUGGAAAACGGGUCCAAGGCAACUGGCUCAUUUCGAUGUUGUGGAGGUGGGUGGUGGCAUCAUAGACCCGUUCGCGGACGGAGAGGAUCCACACGCGUACCUUUCCGGAAGUGACGAUGAGCAGAUGGCGGACUCCGAUGGCGGGGUCGAGGAAAGCGAUUCAGAUUCCGCAGCAACACAAGACUCCAACUUGCUAGAGGAUGAUCGGUCUCGUACCCCCGCUCGUCACACAUGCCACACUAGCGGUCUCAAACCGCCAAGCACCAUUCCAUCGACCGUCUACGUCGUCCUCGCAACAUACUCCUCGGCCCCACUCCUCCCACAGACCUGUGCAUGCGUUUUCUAUCCCGACACCCGCUCUGCAAACCGCUUCUGCACCACCAGGGCCACGGAAAUUGGGUCCAGCCGCUUGGGCGAAGGUAGUGGCGCCCAUCCAGUCUACUCACACGAAGAUGGCGUGGACUCCUAUUCCAUCUCCAGCAGGCAAUAUCUGGACAGUGUGUUUGUCCGUCCAAUACCGAGAGGAAACGCAGAAAGGAUCUGGGACCCGUAUAACGUACUUUACGUGGUAUUCGAAGAGACUGAGGUGCACCAAGCGCAGCAGGGAGAAGAGGUACAGGAAGAGAAAAGAAUUAUGGACUUGGGCUGGUACACACGAAAGGACGACACAGAGAGGAUUGUGGAGAGGGAAAGAGCCGCCAUGGAAGAGAUAGUGCGGAUUGGUGAGUUAUACCAUGUGCCGAGGUUUUCGCCAGAGUGCUAUGGGGGUAAUCACUCGGCCGACUGCGAGGUUUGGGACAUGAGCGAGGAGAAAAGACGGUAUGUUUGCUUCGAUAUUUGGGAAGUGAGAAGAGGGGACGAGUUCGCGGAGGAAGGGCUAAGCCCAGGGCAUGAACCAGUUCCUCCUCUAGAGCCGGAAGGUAUUGAUCUUAGCUGGGGCCAUAGUGUUGGAGCGGUAGCAGGAGACAGUUCUUCAGAUGGCCUGGACAAGCUCUUGGAUGACGCUCAGGCUCUGGGUCAUUUGUAG